UAGCACUGGAAGGUUAGGCCGAUCAAUCGUGUUGGAUUCCGGGUCUUCUUAAAGUGUUAAUGCAAAUGAAUUCUCAAGUUAAUUUUUCGAGCAUAUCUGCCAAUCUCAACUCCAUCCCUGUCCUAAAUGGUACUAAUUUUAAGGAAUGGAAAGAAAAUAUUCUAAUAACUUUGGGCUGCAUGGAUCUUGACUUAGCAUUAAGGGUAGGGCAACCUGCUUCUCUUACGGAUGGUAGUACCCAAGAUGAAAGAAGGUACUAUGAGAAGUGGGAUCGCUCGAAUCGCUUAAGUCUCAUGAUCAUAAAGCGUGGAAUUCCAGAAUCUUUUAGGGGUGCUGUAUCCGAUGAGGUUACUAAUGCCAAGGAUUUCCUUAAUGAAAUUGAGAAACGUUUUGUUAAAAGCGAUAAGGCGGAAAUAAGCAUGUUGUUAAAAGACUUUACUUCCAAAAGGUAUUCAGGAAAAGGAAAUAUAAGGGAGUAUAUUAUGGAAAUGUCUUAUAUUGUUUCUAGGCUCAAGACACUUAAGAUUGAGAUAUCGGAAGAUGUUCUCGUACACAUAGUCUUGAACUCUCUUCCUAUUGCAUUUGAUCCUUUUAAGGUUAGUUAUAACUGCCAAAAGGAGAAGUGGUCUCUUAAUGAGCUCAUUUCAUAUUGCGUGCAAGAGGAAGAGAGGAUGAAACAAAAUAAGACAGAAAGUGCUCACUUGGCUAGUACCUCUAAGGAUAAGGGUAAAAAGAGGAAGAAAACUCUCAUUAAGAAUGAAGCUGCUAAGGGUCCAG